AGAGACCUCUCCACCACCACCAUCGCAACGCCGCGAAUGGAGCUCCUCGACAUGGUGCCCGCGGACGCCAUCGCGCUGCGCAUGUACUCUCUCCCGGCGGCGGCCGCCGCACCCGGCUCGCUCUGCGCCUGGCUUGUGGCCGCCCUCGCCGCCGCCGCCGCCGUCGGCCUGUGGAGCAUCCGCGCGGUCGGUGCCUCCAAGAACGACGCUGGAGUCCGCAGCGGCAGCGCCCUCGUGGAAGAUAAGCAGGCGCAGGCGCCUCCGCUGCCACGUGCCAUUAUUGACGUGCCGCGGCCGGCGGCUCGGGCCGAGUACGCCGAGCCGGCGUCCCCCAGCGAGCCGAGCACGCCGUCCAAGGUCCGGUUCACGGCGUACUACGGCGGAUCGGGAGAAGACGGGGUAAUGGACGGCGUCAGGAAAUGCGCGGACGCGGAUGGCGAAGACGUGCGCCUCGUCGACGGCGAGGUGGAGAUGGUUCUGACAAGGACGGCGUCGGCGUCGGGAAGAAGGACGACGGCCUUGGCGGCGGCGCCGUGGGAGGAGAGGGAGAUGGUCGUGAGACUGAGGGGCGACCUGGGGUGGUACCGCCACCUCGACAUGGCGGCGCUCGACGGCAGCGUCGUGAGGCUGUGGGACGGCGAGCUGGCAGCGUCGCCGAGGGGGCGCAGGAGGAGGGCAGGAUUGGAAUUACAGCUGUCAUUAUAGAGAUGGUGUGGUUAAUACGUGUAAUAUUAUGGUCAUAGGAAUUAGGAGGAUAUGGCAAUUUUGCCCUUUGGGAUUGUCUACGUUAUGGCGGGCGGGGCAAAGGGCCCUCUUGUAGAAGUGUACCCAUGUGAGGACACAAAUGGAAAUUGGCAAAUGCCAGUGGUAUCCUUGCUCAGUUCCUUGCAUAUGGACUCUUCUCUUUCGUUC